AUGGAUGCGGGCCCAGGAUCUCGCUGUGCUGGGGAGUGGGGCGGCGUCUGUCGCGAUGACGCCCCCUUUGUCGCCGACCCAGAUCACGGGGUGGCGACCAUGGGCAGGCUCAUGGAAGCACAGUACGCAGUGGCGGCUCUUUCGGACACGGUGCGCCAUGUCAUCGCAGGUACUUUUGCGCGAACCAUGGCGCAGGCCUUCGUGCAUCCUAUAGAUACAAUCAAGACCAGGCUGCAGGUUCGCUCGCCUCCCGAAGCUGUGAGGCUGUGGAAGAAGAAAACGAAGGCCAGCGCCGUCGAGGUUCAGGUGGUCAGGAAGAUAUUCAAAUUCCGCAAUUAUCUUGUCAAGGGCCCUGCUGAUGUGUACUUAGGGCUGACCGGAGCUAUCCUGGGGACGCUACCCACUGCACUUGUGUACUUUGCAACGUACGAAUGCACCAAAGAGUGGAUGGCUGGCAGGAGCGAAGACGAUAGCAACUCUCCUUUCACUCAUUUGAUGUCCGCUUCUGCUGGUGCGGUUGCCUCGUCGAUUGUCCGGGUGCCAACAGACACGAUGAGGCAUCGGGUGCAGGCAUACAUGCACUCCAACAUAUUCCAAGCUGGAAUUUACAUUGCUCGGAAGGAGGGAAUGCGGGGACUUUAUGCUGGCUUCCUGCCGACACUGCUCAGAGAUGUACCUGAGAUCGCUGUGCAGUUUGCACUGUAUGAACGGCUUCGUGUAUCUCUGGAACGCCACCGAAAGAAGAGAAAACUGCAGACAUGGGAGCAUCUGAUUUUGGGAGGCGCUUGUGGAGCCUGUGCUGCCGUACUGACCAUGCCAUUGGAUGUUGCAAAGACCACGAUGCAAUGUGGCCGCACCAAGGCACCUUUGAUCCAAGCACUGACAAACACUUUGCGCGACAAGGGCGUUAAGGGAUUGUUUGUGGGCAUGUAUCCACGAAUCACACAAGUUGCAACCAUGUCAGCAGUGUUCUUCACCCUAUUCGAAUUCUGGAAGCUCCAGCUCAAGCCUGUCAGGUUUCGAGAGCCAGGGGACAGGCUACUUUCACCAAAGAUAUAUGGAAAGCGCCGCACGAAAGUGUGGAAACGGCAGUUUGUCGUUUCAUAA